AGAAAAUUAGAUCAAUCGCAAAUAAAUUUCCAACCAGCAGGGAAUGGAGGAUGAUGGAGAAUGUAUUUAUCAGGAAGAUCUUCAGUGUGAAGUGCCUCAAGAUUUCAUUGCUGUAACCGGCAAAGAAAAUCAUGAUAAAAGAGGUCCAAUUUCCCCUGUUAGCAAUAGUGUCUCCCCACCAUUGGCACCUCCACACGCACCACGGGGAAGAGGAAGGAGGCGAACAGGAGACCGAAGUGAAGACACAAGAUCUGUGGGCCGUGACAGUGUAUCCAGUGGUGGGUCCAUGGAGGUUGCGUCCCCGGUGGGAUCCGGAAAGUUUGAUGUCAGCAUUGUUAGUGAAGUGGUACAGAACAACAUCAGACAGAUCCUCGAGGAGAAUAGGGCAGGAAUUUGGGCCAUACAGCUGCCAGCUGUUUACACGAAACGGUACGGGAAGGAACUGUCGUUUCGUGACUAUGGUUACUGGAGUCUAGUGGAGAUGCUGGACUCGCUGCCAGAUCUCAUACGAUUGGAGCGGCCCACUGAUAAUGGUGACUGGCUCUGCUUUGAUGCCAGACUGCCUGUGCAAACAAAACCAGUGGUACAGAAACAGAAGGUUCCUCCAAAACGAGAAACGGUCUCCAAAGGAAGAUUCAGUAGCCGAGGAGAAUUUGAUUCACAGCUAGAGGAAAAAAUCAGACAAGUGUUGCAGUGCAAACCUGAAGGCGUUGAUCUUAAUGGGUUUCCUGGUCUGUAUAAGGAAUUGACGGGAGAGGUGUUGCCGUUCAGAGAACUGGGCUAUGACAAAAUUGAGUUCUUCAUGAUCCCCCUGGCCGACAGUGUUGUACACCUAGAAUACAAGGGCGACGGUUGUAUGUUGGUGUAUGCUCUGGACAAUGGGAAGCCUCCUCGCAGGGAUCUUAUCAUCAACCCACCACAAGACGAGCUUCAGGGCAAACAUCCGACCAAGAAUAUUCCCUCAGAUGCUGUUGGCCCAAAGGUGUACUACAAGCCUCAAGAGUUACCUCCCCUCCAUGAGUACAUUGAAAUAUUUGUUUCAAAUGUGGUGUCCCCUGGUCUGUUCUGGAUGCAGGUCCGUGGUAAGCGGACGACUUUUGCCCUGGACAAGUGCAUGAAUGAACUAGAGAAGUUAUACUGCAGUGCUGAGGGAGACCAGUAUAAGGUGCCAGACUAUUUACUGACCGUCGGUCAGAUAGUUGCCGCCAUCUUCCCAGAGGACAACAAUUGGCACAGAUGUGUGGUAACAGCUCUCAACGUGGACAAAUAUGUAGAGGUGUACUUUGUGGACUUUGGUAACACAUCACUUGUCCACAGGCGAAAUAUUCGACUUCUUCGAUCAAAACUUCUGAAGCUGCCUGCGCAGGCCAUACAGGCUCGUCUUGCCCACCUGCAGCCUUUGGAGGGGAGCUGGACACUGAAUGCCAGAAACAGAUUCCUCAAUCUAGUCACCAACAGGCCCCUCAUUUCACUCGUCAACUUUGAAAAGGAUCGUGUACUGUCACUAGUGUUGGUGGACACCUCAACCAAGGUAGAUGUCUGUCUCAAUGAUCUCCUGGUCACCGAAGGGUAUGCAAGAGUGGAGGAAGACAACCUAGCCACCAACUUCACGGGUCCUGCUGGUCUCAAGGAGGUACCAGACUAUUCCCAUGUCUACGGAGAGGGAUUUGAACUCAAAGUGGAGGUGGAACCAGCUGUCCAGCCAUCAGCAGUAAACAAGCCGGAGACAGAAUUAACAAAACGUUAUGUGCAACCAAUCCAGCUUACGGGAGAAUACAUUGUGAACUUGAUCAACCUCAAUGAUACUGCCUACCUCAUGUCAACAGAGGUUUCAGCUUUCUUCUGGGAGGCAGACAUCCUCACUGGCAUGCUGGAGCAGAAAAACGUUUCUGUGAGCAGACUGACUCUAAAACAUGAACAGUACCCAGAAGUGUUUGAGGAUCUUCGUCAAUGUGGUGUAAUUCAGGACAGCGAGAAGAAAUUCAUCACAUUAUAUGAACUCAAUCGAGUUCCGUUCAUUUUGGACAUGUUUGACCAUCAGUGUGAAGAGCUACAAACAAAUGUAAGAGAGCUCAUCCAGAUGUUUGACCCAUGUGACCCCUACUGGAAGGGAGAGGACUACCCAGACUCAGAGAAUGCAAGUCAAGCCAGUGAGGAUUUGUCAGACUUUCAAGUCAGUCUGGAAGACAUUCAGCUCAGCCUCCAGCUUCUACAGUUCAAACGGAAAAGGAUUCUUCAAAAUUUGAUGACUCACCCAGAAAACAUGGAGGAUAACGUGAACAAAUUGAAGGAGGUUGAAGACCAGAUCAGUGUACUGAAGGACAUGCAGGACCAGCAACGCCAGCGUAAAGCACUUGACCCAGACACCCCAGAGAAAAGUGUGAAGACAAGUUGUCCCGGUCCUACUGGUGCUGCCACAAGUGACGACAAAGUCAAGGCCACUAUUUCUGAGGGCAUGUUUGAACGCAGCCGUCUGUCUCCACUGAAGGGUAUGCCUCAGACUGGAACACCACCAUCAAGUGUAUCGCCCAUUAAGACCAACGUUGUUGCCCCAAUGCAAAAUAAUGCGAGUCAGGCCAAGCCUGCCACAUCUUGUCAGUCACAUACCACUCCCCCCACCAAUCAGGAGUUUAUAAACACUCUAGCCCAACAACAGUUGCUGUUGCAGACCAUGAUGAUGCCUCAGGCCGCUGUGGGGGCUCAGAUACCUAGUCUCAACAAUCAGUUUGUGAGAGGUGCAGUCCCAUUUCAGCAGCCACACAGUGCCAUGAACCAGCAGUAUGCGGCUAAUCCAAGAGUCCCUGAUAUGAGCAUGCAGUAUCUGGCCACAAACCAAACAGGUAUGAAUCACCAGUUAGUGAACCAGCAAUUUGCUGCCACAAGCCAAGCCAGUAUGACACCUCAGUUGAUGAACAUGAUGCAGGCUAACCUAGCCGCGAAUCCGUAUAUGAUGGGAAUGCCACCUUACAUGGGAGGAAUGGCACAGCAAACCCAAUCUCAGCCACAGGCCAAUGUGCCUCUGCUUUCUGGACUGUUACCACUGUUACAAACACUGAACAUUAACCAGAGUCAGGGGUCAUCUAAAGGAAAACCGUCAUAAUUGUGACCUUGACCUGAUCAAACAGCGAUAUAUCAGCCUUCCUAUUUGUGUUAUGAAGUUUAAUCAUGUUAUACCAGUGCUAGUUUGUUGGUUCAGAGUUGGACCAGAUGGAAUAUGCAGGCAUAAUAAAUAUAGAUGAAGACAUAUCCAAUGCAUUUACUGUGUCGAGACUUAUUUACCUUGAUUUAACCAUUACAUGUAUCAUUUUAGCUUGGCCAGUUAUAUCCUAUUACAUUUGUUAUUGUAUGCUGAGACACCAGUUCUACCACAAAAUUUUAUCUUUUUUUUUUUUUAUGUAUGAACAGUAACUUGAGGGCGUGAUAUCUGGAAGUAAUGGCGUAUUUGGUGUCGUGAAUUAGUGCUAAACAGAGAAUCGGGCGUUUGUUGUGGUACUAGUGCUGAAGUGAGAGUGUGUUUGUUCUGGUGUUUGUGAUGAAGUGAGAGUGUUUUCCGGGAUAAGUGCUAAAAUGAAAUUGUCGUGUUCAUCCUAGAAAAGUGAUUAAUUUAGCUGAACGACUGACAGAGUUUGAUAUUAGUGAUAUGUUUUGAGGUCUGUUUCGAAUGUGUGUUAAGUUGAAAGCUCACCGAUCUGCUGUAAUUAAUGUGGGGUAGAUUUUAUAUACAAUUGUGUAUGUUAUAGUACAUUAAUUUUUAGGCUCACUUUAAUUUUAGAUGCUUAAACAGCAUUGUAUUGUUUGUGAAAAUACACAUCGGGUACCGGUGUUACGCCUACUGGGCAUACAACUGGAGAGGUAGAAUGUUUAUUUUAUAGAAUUCGGUUGUCUCAGUAUAUUUCACUUUAGUAUAUUUUUAAUUUGUAGAUGAAUCACGAUGUGACAAAAGGAUUGUUAAUUUUGAAUAAACUUUGUUUGAAGCUAUAA